AUGGAAGCAGAGGAGCGCAGGCGGCUGCAGGAGUUUGACGCGAAGCUCGUGGGGAGGCCUCUGCAGCAAAUGGGCCCACCAGCAGCGUGGACAACGGACGAUGUGGCAACAUGGCUCACAGCAGAGGGCUUUGCCUGCUAUGCACAGGCCUUCCUUCGCCAUGCUGUCUGCGGCCAGGUGUUAUUGGAGCUGACAGCGGAGGACCUGAGGGAUGAUCUGGGGGUACGCACUUUAGGGGACAGGAAGAGGCUGCUCUCAGCCAUUGCACAGCUCAGACUCUGGUUUGGCACAGGGCAGUCGUGA